AUGGGAUCUGCUGGGGUACAGAUUGUAUGUGUGGCCCUUGGGGUCCUGGGCCUGAUCGGGGGAAUUGUGUGCUGUGCCAUCCCAAGGUGGAAAGUGUUAUCAUUUACAGGACAGAACAUCGUAACGGCACAGGAAACUGAAGAGGGCCUGUGGAUGACCUGUGUGGUGCAGAGUACGGGCCAGCAGCAGUGUAAGAGCUAUGAGUCCCUGCUGGUCCUGCCAUCUGACCUGCAGGCGUCCCGCGCCAUGACCAUCAUCAGCUGCAUGGUCGCCUCCCUGGCCAUCCUCAUCUUGUUCGCCGGCGCCGACUUCACCACCUGCGUGGAGAAUGAGGACAUCAAGCCCAAGAUCAGCCUUGUGGCCGGGAUCGCCCUGUUGGUGUCUGGCCUCCUCCUCAUCAUCCCUGUCAGCUGGUCCGCCCACAACACCAUCAGAAACUUCUACAACCCCCUUGUGGCCCAGAAGAUGGAGCUGGGAACCUGUAUCUUUAUUGGCUGGGCUGCUGGGGUGCUGCUGAUUCUGGCUGGAGGCCUGCUCAUGUGCUUCAGCAGAGCCAAAUCUGGCAGCUCGGGAGGAACCGCCAAGUACUACGGCAACAGCGCUUCAGCCCCCGCCGCCAACAAGAACUACGUCUAG